AUGACUUCCACUAUUAAAUACUGUUUAUUCGAUUUAGAUGGUUUAUUAAUUGACUCUGAGCGUAUAUACACGGAAGUAACAAACGAUAUACUGUCAAAAUAUGGCAAACAGUUUAAUUGGACACUAAAAGCUAAUAUGAUGGGUAAACAUGAAAGAGUUGCAUCGGAAUAUCUUGUCAGUGAAUUAAAUCUCCCGAUAACUGUCGAUGAUUACCUUUUAUUACGCAAUCAAAAGCAAGCGGAAGCCUGGCCUAGACUUAUUCUCCGCCCUGGUGCUUUAAAGUUAAUCAAACAUCUACUUAAACAUAACAUACCAAUCGCGGUUGCUACGGGAAGUAGACGCACCUCUCUUGAACAAAAGAUGAGAGCACAACCAGUAAAAGAAUUAAUGGACCUCUUUGGUGAUAACGUCGUCACAGCAGACGAUAUCACACCAGGUAGAGGUAAACCUAGCCCUGAUACUUUCCUCCUCGCUGCACAAAGAUUGGGUGCUACCGUUGGUUUCAAUGUUGACUCAAAUGACGCACCAACGGAAGAACAUCUCGUCACACGUAAAAGUUGUCUUGUCUUUGAAGACGCUGUGCCCGGUGCACAAGCUGGUUUGAAUGCCAAUAUGGAGGUAAUUUGGAUUCCAGAGGAACCCCUCCUUGAACUUUACAAAGACGACCCAAGUAUUCAAGGUGUUAAACAAACACUCUCAUCACUUGAGCAACUCCACCUGCCAUCAUUUGGUUUACCAGAUUAUUAGAAGUUAAAAUAAAGAUUGAAUUACAUUUCAUAUGCUUUAAAAAGUAACACUUAAGCGUGGAGCUUUCUAAUUUCAGCUUCAAUAUCAGCUGGGUGAAGUUUUUGGUAUGGAAUUUGGUCAGCGAUACCACCGCAACCUUCGUGGAAUGUACCAAUGUGCUUAUACUUUGGAGUGAAACCACGUUGGAUCAAUUGAGUACCAAGCUUUGAACCUAAACCGUUCUUUUGUGAAAUUGAUUCAACAACCAAAACAAAUGGUGAUGAACCGUAAACCUUAAGAGUCUCCUCAUCGACAACGUUUAAUGUUGGCUUGUUGAUCAAACCAACGUCAAUACCUUGCUCACGGAGACGUUCAACUGCAUCCAAAGAACGGUAAAGCAUAUCACCGAAUGAAAUAACGUAACCUGCUGAACCAGUUCUGACAAUUUCUUCCUUACCUGGAACGAACUUGUAGUCACCACCGUACAAUUGUUCUUGAGUACCUUGCUUAAGGAUAUAUGGAACCUUUGAACGGGUUGAGAAGACGAUUCUGAUACCUUGAUCCCAGAAGAUAGUUUGGACGAUAGCUUUCAUUUGUUCACCAUCAGCUGGGAAGUAAAGGCUGGUUGGUGCAGUGUCUUCUAAACCGUUGUCGGCGAAGAAGUGGUUGAGACCAAAGUGACAGGUGUUGUCAGCCAUUUCAUCAACACCUGAGUGUGAAAAGGUUAAGUCUAGCCAUGGUCAUUUCUGAAAGACACAUUUCAAGGAAAGCGGAGAAAGUUGAGAAGACACCUUGACGUUCACCGUUACCACCGAAACCGAAACCAGCGGCAGCUGAGAAGUUACCACGUUCCAUAACACCUGAUGGAACGAAAACUUCUGGGUGGGCUUUGUGG